AUGACACUAGCAACCUUCUUAAAGGUUAAUCCACCUAAGUUCAAGCGAACCACCAACCUGACUGAAGCCGAUACCUGGUUUCAGGCUAUGGAGCAAACACUGCAAGUGCAGUUGGUACCUGAAGAGCAGUGUGUUAAAUUUCUAGCUAUCUGCUCACUGGGAAAGCGUUGCAUUAGUGGCAGGAAACACGACGCCUUCUGUAGCAUGAUGAUGAUGCUAUCAGCUGAGAUGCCUUCCAGGUGGAAUUUUAUAAAAAACAAAUUUGAGGAGCUAUUCAAGUUUUCCCGCAUGUGUCAGGGAACUCUGGGAGACUUCGAGGAAUGGAAGUGCAUUAAGUAUGAAGGAGGGCUCCGGAGUGAUAUCUUAAGUUCAGUGGGACGAAUGGAGAUCCGAACUUUCUCAGAGUUGGUGAAUAAGAGCAGAGUUGUUGAAGAGUAUGUGAAAAAGGUAGCUACAGAGAAAGGAAGUCCUAGAUAG